AGUUCAUUGUGAGGUCAUUCAUCCAAUCAGAAAAGCCGCCAUCUUAGGAAAGUAUUUCUUUCUAGGUUGUGUUUGCAAAAAAUAUUUAAUAAGCACAUAGAUGACCAUGGCGUCGGAUCCCAACUUCCAAGCCUCCAUGCAGAUGUCUGGCAUCACAGAACAAGCACAGCUGAUGUUGACAGAAUUCUGGCCCAAGACACUGGAAAAUAUACAGAACCUCCAAUAUAAUGAUUUUAAGGGGCAGGAACUCCCCCUUGCUAGAAUAAAAAAGAUCAUGAAACUUGAUGAAGAUGUAAAGAUGAUAAGUGCGGAGGCUCCAGUGUUGUUUGCCAAGGCAGCGGAGAUAUUUAUAAGUGAGCUGUCACUUAGAGCCUGGAUCCACACCGAGGACAACAAGAGGAGGACACUGCAGAGAAAUGACAUAGCAAUGGCCAUUUCAAAGUUUGACCAAUUCGAUUUCUUGAUUGACAUCGUGCCCAGAGAUGAACUGAAACCGCCAAAGAGACCAGAGGAUUCUUCUCGAGUGUCCAAUAACCUCCCGGAUCAAAUCAACUACUAUCUCCAACUAGCGCAGCAACAGUCUCAACAACAACAGCAGCAGCAGCAACAACAGCAGCAACAACAGCAACAGCAGCAGCAACAACAACAACAACAACAACAGCAGCAGCAGCAGACUGUUGUAGCACAGCCAGCCCCUGCAACUCAACCCGCAGCACAGGUGGUGACGGCAGCAGCAGCAACAACACAGGCAGUGGCGCAACCCAAUGUUAUGGCAAUACAGCUGCCAUCGGGUCAGAUCAUACAACAGCCUCUACAGUUCCAGGCUCAGCCCCAGGUGAUCCAAGUACAAGCACCUCAACAGGUGCAGCAAGUACAGCAAGUACAACAACUACAGCAGGUGCAACAGAUGCAGCAGCAGCAACAACAGCAACAGCAGGUGCUUGUACAGCAGGCACAAACAGCAGUAGCACCAGCCCAGCCGCAGCAGCAACAGCAGCAGCAACAGCAGCAGCCACAGACACAAGUGUAUCAGCAGGUGCUCACACCCUCGGGGGAGCUGCAGACUGUACCUGUGACGUUAUCGUCCGCCCAGCUUCAGGCCAUCCAGAUGCAGCUGCAGGGCAAGCAGGGGGACCAGCCAAUCAUCAUUCAGAUGAAUCAGGGCUUGCAGUCGGGAGCAACAGCACAGCCCCAGCAGACACAACAGACUUUCACACAGCCGAUGUACCAGAUUCAGCAGGUGGGCCAGGGGGGCCAGCAGAUUGUCAUACAUCAAGGAGGUGGAGACUCGGACAACCAGGCUGAUGGGCAGGAAACAUCAUAACACUUGCAGUGUACACUGUAGCAGCCAUCUAGCACACCUGUGUGUUCCGUCACACCGCCUCAGGAGCCAGUGUGAAUAGUGGGACAUUAGGCCAUAAGGGAACACCAGACAUUUGACUUUGGGAUGUGUUCAGAACAUGACGCCACAAAUGACAUGAGAAAAAAACAGACAUGUGGACUUCACUUACUUUUGAACAUACUGAUAUGUGGAUAUCAAGGAUAUGUGAACAUACGCAAGUGGAUAUCAAGGAUAUGUGAACACACAGAUCUGUGAAUAUCAUGAACAUGGGCCUAUACAGAUGUGCAAAUAUCAAUGACAUGAACAUUCAGAUAUGUGAAUAUCGAGGACAUGCGAACAUCAUAAAUAUGAAUUUGAAUGUAUGUCAUUUUAGAAGAACAAAACAGCUCAUGAGACUGAAAGACUCUUUUUGUUUAAUACAUGAUAGUGAUGUUGAAGUACUUAAUAUUGUGACAUCACAAACACUAUGACAACUGGGAUCUGCAUGUCAUUGUCAAGAUUAAUGACACAGUCAGAUGAUGCCAAAAUAUUUCUUUGUACUUUGUGAUGGUAACUUUUAUGUUAUUUUUGUAUUGUAUUCCUUAGCCUAUUAGGAUUCUGGGUCCUUGCAUGCUUAGUCUUGAAUUUGUUCCGUGACAUUUUCUUACAGGUGAAUCAAGAUUGUACAAUUGUUGGUAACCCUGUGAGAACUUUGUGUUGUUUUUACUGUGUUUGCAGACUUGAAAACCAUAAAUGUGUUGCAUUGUUCAUCUGACUAAGCAAGUUCACAUCUCCUAAUGGUGCAGUUGGUGGGUAAGGGAUGUUUUGUUGACUCAUCAGCAAUUCAGGGGAAAUGGGUGUCCAAGUCGUCUAAAUAUGCCACAAUUCACUGUACAGAGUUGUGUUUCUUAGGUAUGCCAGACCUAUGAUUGUGGGUUCGAAUCCCAGUUGGCCCUAAUUAUGAGUCUAGGUUUGUCAGCACCAUACCCUGCUUGUUGGUUUCACCAAAUGGUAAACAUCAAAGACCUGCAUCACUUUGGACUUUCCGUGAUAUAACUGCAAUACUGUUCAAAGCGACGUUAAACCCAACUCACUCAUAUAUGUCGCAUCACUGAUACAAACAGUUGUUAUAGAAUACCUUCAUAUUAUUGUUUUAUUUAUUACUUUUGUGUUCUAGGGAACAUCCUAUCGUAGUCUGUAAACCAUGAAAUGGUUAUUCAGAAUAGGCAGCUAUUGCUAGAAAUUGACCAUGUUUUUGCUACUUUAAUUUUACAACAUUGUUAUUGACAUUGUCCAUGUUCAUAAGUUCAAAGCUUCAUCCACCUGACAUUAUCAGAGAGUUUAUUGUACUGAGAGUUUGCACAGAUAUUGAAUGUCUUACAUUAAUAAAGGCUUCACCAAGGCCGUCAAUCAGAAUAUCUCUGUUAUGGACACAGUGAUGUAUAUUCACUCCCCGUUUGGGGGCGGUCGGGUAGCCUGCUGGUUAAAGUGUUCGCUCGUCAUGCCAAAGACCGGGUUCGAUUCCCAACAUUGGUACAAUGUGUGAAGCCCAUUUCUGGUGUCGGACGCCGUGAUAUUGCUGGAAUAUUGCUAAAAGCGGCGUAAAACCAUAUUCACUCACUCACUCCCCAUUUGGGUGUGUAGGAGUUCAGAUAAUUGAGCUCUAGAAAUUCGUUUAUCAGAGUGCUUACUUUAGAAAAAGAGUACAUUCAUGUGUAAUUAAUGUAAUAGCAGAAACAGUAGCUGCAAAAAAUGUUUGUUUCUUAUCUAGAUUUCUGAUAUUGAAAGUGACUUCUGUCAGUGUGUGUAAUUAAUGAAAUUGCAGAAAAAGUAGCCUGUCUAUUACCAUUGUGGUUGUUUUUUUCUGGGCUUCUGAUAUUGAAUAUGACUUCUGUCAAUGUGAGUGAGAGUUAUUAAGCCUAAGAUAGUCUCAGUAGGGUUAUAAAAUCUGUAAAUAUGAGACCUUAACCACUGCUUUGUUGUCUGUGUUAAGAAGUAGAAGACUUCUUGUUUGCGGGAAGGUAAGCCAAACUAGUAUUGGAAUUGAAUAUAUAUUUUGUUGUGUUUAGAAAUUCUGUGCAGAAGGAAGCUCUGUAACUUGAUAAUCAGCAGCAUUUGGAUGAGGACUGCGCGUCCUUGUCAUGAAAGUAUUAAGAGGGUCCUGAUGCUGUACACUGUUUAGCAUAAAACAACUAAAGAAAACUAUGGUAUAGUAAGAUGAAUCCGAUUUUUUAUCAUUAAAGAUUAAUGUUAAAUGUAAAACAAAAACCCUGCUUAGCAUACAGUAAACCUUUCCUGUUUAUUGAAUUGCAUAAAUUCUUGAAAAAGAAUGAUUUAACUGGACCUAAUGACCCAGCAAAAUUUGGUAUUUUCAAAACAAAUUGCAGUAAUGAAAGGAACGCAGAUCCAGUUGUCCCUUGGUUUCCCUACAUACAGGCUGAUGUUCCCAUUCCCAUAGAGAUGAUUUUGCGUUUUAGGUUCAGCUGGACAGCUUGUCCACUUUUCCAGUAUUUGUUUUUACUCAGAUGAAAAAAUAAUGACUGCUGACUAAAGGGCCCACAUUUUACUGACUUGUAACAACCCCCCCCCCCCCAUCAAGACCCUCUAUUAAUGCAGUUGUUGGUGAUGUAAUCAUGCUGAAGAUUUUCUCUGUCGUUUCAUGAACUGCAAAUAUGUUAAAUAGUUUAUGAUCAUCAGAUAAUGUGUGAAGUAUUCCCCAACAUUGCAAAAUAUCUAUUCUAUUUUCUGUGUUUCAAAUGUUCUUUAACCAUGUCAGCAUAUUGUUGUUUUCAAAUAUGAGUAUUACUAGUUAAUAGAAAUCAAGGCCUGGCCUCAAAUGCAGAAAUUCUUACACAAAAACCAAUAUCCUGUCAGAGACCAACAUGAUAACAUGAUGUAACCAUGGUAACAUCUGCAUCUUGCCUCUCACAGGACUUGUGUCCUUUGGUUAAAGUCUUCCAGGGGCAUAUCGGUGUAAUGUUACCACAUGUAGAUGAGUUGGAGGUCAUGUAAUAUUACCAGCUGUAGAUGAGUUUGGAGGCCGUGUAAUGUUACCACCUGUAGAUGAGUUGGGGGUCGUGUAAUGUUACCACCUGUAGAUGAGUUGGAGGUCGUGUAAUGUUACCACAUGAGUUGGAGGUCGUGUAAUGUUACCGCCUGUAGAUGAGUUGGAGGUUGUGUAAUGUUACCACCUGUGGAUGAGUUGGAGGUCGUGUAAUGUUACCACCUGCAGAUGAGUUGGAGGUCGUGUAAUGUUACCACCUGCAGAUGAGUUGGAGGUCGUGUAAUGUUACCACCUGUAGAUGAGUUGGAGGUCGUGUAAUGUUACCACCUGUGGAUGAGUUGGAGGUGGUGUAAUGUUACCACCUGCAGAUGAGUUGGAGGUGGUGUAAUGUUACCACCUGUAGAUGAGUUGGAGGUCGUGUAAUGUUACCACCUGUGGAUGAGUUUUGAGGCCCUGUAAUGUUACCACCUGCAGAUGAAUUUGGAGGCAGUGUAAUGUUACCACCUGUAGAUGAGUUGGAGGUGGUGUAAUGUUACCACCUGUAGAUGAGUUGGAGGUCGUGUAAUGUUACCACCUGCAGAUGAGUUUGGAGGCAGUGUAAUGUUACCACCUGCAGAUUAGUUGGAGGUCGUGUAAUGUUACCACCUGCAGAUGAGUUGGAGGUCGUGUAAUGUUACCACCUGCAGAUGAGUUGGAGGUCGUGUAAUGUUACCACAUGUAGAUGAGUUGGAAGUCGUGUAAUGUUACCACAUGAGUUGGAGGUUGUGUAAUGUUACCACCUGUAGAUGAGUUGGAGGUCGUGUAAUGUAACCACAUGAGUUGGAGGUGGUGUAAUGUUACCACCUGUAGAUGAGUUGGAGGUGGUGUAAUGUUACCACCUGUAGAUGAGUUGGAGGUCGUGUAAUGUUACCACCUGCAGAUGAGUUGGAGGUCGUGUAAUGUUACCACCUGAAGAUGAGUUGGAGGUGGUGUAAUGUUACCACCUGCAGAUGAGUUGGAGGUCGGGUCAUGUUACCACCUGCAGAUGAGUUGGAGGCUGUGUAAUGUUACCACCUGCAGAUGAGUUGGAGGUCGUGUAAUGUUACCACCUGCAGAUGAGUUGGAGGUCGUGUAAUGUUACCACCUGCAGAUGAGUUUGGAGGCCCUGUAAUGUUACCACCUGCAGAUGAGUUUGGAGGCAGUGUAAUGUUACCUCCUGUAGAAGAGCUUCGAGGCUGUGUAAUGUUACCACCUGCAGAUGAGUUGGAGGUCGUGUAAUGUUACCACCUGCAGAUGAGUUUGGAGGCCCUGUAAUGUUACCACCUGCAGAUGAGUUUGGAGGCAGUGUAAUGUUACCUCCUGUAGAUGAGUUGGAGGCUGUGUAAUGUUACCACCUGUAGAUGAGUUUGGAGGCUUCAUGCAUUUGUUACUAUAUCAUUAUCGGGUUUGUUGGGCUGUCCUGAUACAGCUGGAAUAUAGCUGACCUCAGCAUUAAACAACAUUCACGAACUCUAUUAUGUCAAAUCUUUAAACUUGGUUAGAAUACUUGCAAUAUUUAUGUACUUUUACUAUAGAGAUUGAAACUGUAAGCAAAGAAAAAAUAAACAAUCCUGGUGACAUGGUGCUGAUGCUGUUUGUGACAGGCACCUCCGUGUGAAGGUUGUAGCCCAGCAUGUAGGACAUGUAACUCAUUGUUGAAUUCAUCUGACAAAUAAAACAAAUAUAUCCUUAA